GCGGGCACCGAGUCAACUGGCGGAACAGCGGGCACCGAGUCGUCUGGCGGAACAGCGGGCACCGAGUCGUCUGGCAAGACUGCGGGCACCGAGUCGUCUGGCAAGACUGCGGGCACCGAGUCGUGGCGGCAAGACUGCGGGCACCGAGUCGUCUGGCAAGACUGCGGGCACCGAGUCAACUGGCGGAAGACAGCGGGCACCGAGUCGUCUGGCAAGACUGCGGGCACCGAGUCGUCUGGCAAGACUGCGGGCACCGCGUCGUCUGGCAUUGGAUCGUCUGGCUCGACAGCGGGCAUCGGUCACCAGGCAUCAGGUCAUUUGGCUCGCCAGCGGGCACCGCGUCAUCUGGCAAGGCAGUGGGCACCGAGUCACCAGGUACGACAGCGGGCUCUGAGUCAAUUGGCACGACAGUGGGCACCGGAUCAGGUACGGAUCAUCUGGAUCAACAGCGGGCAUCGAGUCAACUGG